ACGAACCAGAAAGGGCCCCGAUACGGGAAACGCCCACGUUAAUAGAUACGUGGCCCAUUCCGAAAGGAAACUGUGCAUCGAACAUCUGGUCGUCGUGGUGAAGCGCCGGCGGCAAGCAAGCACAAGCAGAAGACAUCAAGCGAGCCGAAGGAACGAUGGGGUUCAUGUUCCGAGUGAGGCUCUCGUCCUUCUUCGCGGGCGCCGCGACCGCAUCCGUCGUGGGCUUCUACCUUCUCUACAAGGACUAUAUGGUCGCCCAUGAAGCCAUCUCUGGACAGGUAUCAGGCAUUUAUGAAACACUUGAUGAGCGCUAUGAAGCUCUGAAUAGGCGCAUCACAGCAUUGGAAAAUCUGAAGGAAGUAGAAACUGCCGGACCUGUGGAGGGAUCUGAGUAGAUAAUGUGUUGUUGCUUUUUGAGUGACAAAGGCGAGUUGUAGCAUCUCCAAGGCAUUUGGGGGAGGAAAGCUCCUUUUCUUUCUUUUUACAUACUUGAGAUGGUUUUGUUUUCUUGGUCACUGUUUUAUCUUGGUAAAUAAAUCAAUGCAGAGGGUGGAAUUGACAGUACUUGAUUUCACAAUUCUAGCCUGUCUGAAUUUGGACUGGUAGAGUAGUAGUAGUAUUAGUGACAAUAAACAACAAGAUGUCAAAGCAUAAGAACUUCUAAACUCGCAAGAACCUCGCUUGGGUAAACCAAUUGGUGGGUAGGUUGUGCAAUUUGAAAGGAGGACAAUGGAGAAAAAGUAGUGAACGUCGGACUGGUAAAAAGAGAAAAUUACAUGUCACAUUUCUGCAGUUUAUGCGGUUAUUCCUCCAUGUUAAUUUUGGAAAAGGAUGGAAUUAUGCAUGCUAAAA